AUGUCCACGACGCUCGUCUUGGGCAUCGCCGUUGCUACAGGCCUCCUCGUCUCCCGGACUUGUCGUGAGCCUCGCGAAGAAAGCCUCAAACAGACAGCAUACAUCCUCGAGAGCCAAGUCACUCAUGCCAGAUUGCUCCCAGAACCUUCUUCUCAUGCGUUUUCCUACUCGACCCUGUCUUUCCUCUUGUCUCUGAACAGUCUGGAGUCGCAUGAGCUCGACCUCUGGCGCGGCUGGGUCUUUGGCUACGACGGGCUCUUCUUCCGGCUCACAGGCCUGCGUCCUUCCGCAUACUUGACAGAUGCAGGUGGACCCGCAUGCAGCAUUCGGGAGAAACUCCUAGGCGUGCUCGCGCAGAGGGGGCACGAUCCCCUGCGCUUUCGCGACGCGUGGAUGAUGUCAAUGCCGAGCUACCUGGGCUUCGAGGGAAUUAAUCCGCUCACGGUCUAUUUUUGCUAUGACGGUAACGAUAACCUGUGGUUGGUGGUGCUGGAGGUUCACAACACCUUCGGCGAACGACACGCAUAUACUCUAGAGAUUGGCCGUGCAGAAGAUGCAUCUCCCGCUACAGGAUUCUCCCAUCAAUGGACCUUUCCGAGACGAUUUCACGUUUCGCCCUUCAAUGAUCGUUCAGGAUUCUAUACUGUGGCAGUUACUCCGCCUUCCCAUCCUCCCCGCAACAGCCAGACAGACCCAGAAAGAUUACAUGACAUGUCUCUGCCAGUAGUCCGCAUUCAUCUCCACACGCCGGGUCCAAUCGAAGACGUUCCAGGUGCAUUGAAGCUGACAGCAGUCCUCCGUGCCCGCAGCGCUUCUCCUCUAAUGACUCGAAACCUGCUCACUGCUCUAGCAAAGCGGCCGUUUGUCCUGCUACUGUCCAUGGCGAGGAUCCUGUAUCAUGCGUGGGUUCUGCACUACAAGAAAAUGCUUGACGUGUAUGUACGCCCGGAACCGCACCCGGCGGUGCCAGGCUGGGGUGCGAUCGCGGGCCCUGACAUAGGGCCUCUGUUGCCACCCAGCGGAGGUGUAGGCUGGCAGGCGGAAGCCAUGCUGGACAAGUACGCUAGAUCGCGUGUGGAAGCGUUCCUCCGGCAAAGAGUAGACGAAGUCGGGAUCAGCGUCACUCUAGUGUCAGCAAAUCCCUUGUUUGCACCUCAAGUGUUCUCGCCCAUUGGGAAGACAUCAAGAGGAGAAGCCACCGAGCGUGACAGAAGUGCGGCCCUCACAAUCUGGUAUCUCUCGCCUCAGCUCUUUGUGACGCUCUUGCUCGCACCGUCUGCCGCCCACACGUUACUCUUGGGGUACCACACAGAACGGUUCUUUGUCCCCAGCUCUCUGUCUCUAUUUGCCGCGGUCUUCGGAGCGCAUGGCGGAGACAACUCACACGAUACCGCUCCCGUUCUGACUGUCGCUCAGCGCAUGAGAGCGAACGCUAUUCCCCGCGAGCUUAUGGAACUUCCUGGCUACACCGUGCCAGCUACGCAUCCACUCGAUCCGCCUCCCUCGCAUGCAGUCCGGAAUCUGCUCAAUAUUACAGUUAUUUGGGCGGUGCUGGCAUUAGCACGCGUUGAGAGACUGGUAUACCGGCUGAGCCGAGCGAGGUUCGUGCGCGGAGAAGAGCCUUGGGGCCGGUGGGAUCGUUUGCUUUUUGACUGGACGGUAACGCUGGAAUUGGCGCCCCGAUCUGAUCUCCACCGGCGAUAUCACGCAGGACUAUCUCUGCGCAACGACUCCCCAAAGUGCUAUCCGCACUUACCAUCACAUACGAUGUCGACAAGCGAAGCCGGAAAAGCUAAGCAGACUCGCAAGCGACAGCGACUGAGUUGCGUUGAAUGCACAAAGCGCAGACAGAAAUGCGACAGGCAGAUCCCUUGCGGGCUCUGUAUCUCUCGCGGAGUUGCGCACCUGUGCCGUUGGGAACCUAUUGUGGUCCGACCGAUUCCUCAGCGACCGCCAGUGGAUGCCACCCAGUCUGUGCCUGACGCGGAGAAGAUCCAGGCGCUUUCUUCUCGCAUCGCGGUCUUGGAGCAGAUGCUUCUUGGCCAGAACGUUGCUCUCCCCACGGGGCAAGCUAGCAGCCGUGAGAGCAGUAGCGGCAGCGGAAAUUCAUUGACACAGUCGUCUAAUGAUCCAGAGUCCUUAGAGAGGCAAUCAGCAAGGCAGAAUGCCAUGGCGGCACCCUCACCUGACACGACUAUUGGAGGUCCACAUGCUCUGUAUGACUUCAAGGUGCAAGCCGCCGCUGUUGCUUUAGCACAACUAUCCCUUGCACCUCGCGACGAAUACGUUGGAGGAGGCACCAUACUCUGUGCCCUGCACAAGAUGGGCGACCCCGAGACGUGGCGUUUCCCAUUUUCCCGCUCCGCUUCUGUGUACGCCGCCUCAUCGGGUUCUUCACAGCCCGAUAUGCAUCCCAUGGCAGUACCCAUGCGUGCAUUGGUUGCAAACAUGCCCCCGCGUGCCAUCAUCUACUCGCUCCUCGAUACGUUCUUCGCCGCACGCAACUGGGAGUUUGGCUUGCCUGAGGGCUGGGUGCGCCGCAGCUGCAACACCAUGUUCUCCUACCUCGAUAGGCGGUGCCCGGGCACAACCUGCCGCUUUCCCGGCAUAUGCACAGCGUGCAACGAGAUUAUCAACCCGCACUGGAUAGCCCUGCUCUUCGCCAUACUUGCACUCGCUCCUGCGCCUGCGGCAGGGGUCACGGGCACGGACACUAUCGACCACGCGGCGUAUUUCACCCAGGCCCUCACCGCGAAGCGCCUGGGCGAAGACAUCCUCCUCGCGGUCCCCGUCUACUGUAUGUCUGAGAAGUAUGUCCAGGGCGCGACACACAGUUGCAUCGCCGCUGCACUGCUCUCCGCGUACCUCGCGGACCGCGGCCGCAUGAGUGAGGCGUGGAAGGUCGUCGGAUACGGAAUGCGCGUCGCGCAGGCUAUGGGUCUGCACCGAGACCCGUGCUGGCGCAAGUGGGACCAUAUGAGCAAGGAAGAGGCGGAGAUGCGCACGCUAGGGUGGUGGCUGCUUUGGAUGCGUGAUCGGAUCUAUUCUUUUAUCCUCGGCCGACCGACGAUGGCCCCGAAGGACUCUUUUGACGUGACGGUGUUGCCUGGCCUUACGCAUGGUGAUGGCUCGCCAAAUCCACAUGCACCUUUUUUGAAGGCCUUCAUAAGGCUUUGCGAGGUCAUUGGCGAUGGUGCCGACAGGUGUCUAGGCAUCCGUCCACCUUCACUCGUUGAUGUUCUCGACGUUGACCGCACUUUCCAAGUAUGGCUCACAGAUCUCCCGUCGCAGCUUCAAUGGCGGUCUGAUACUUACCUUUCUUCUACUGCCUCCCCUCCACCAUCCCGAUCAUCGCUACAUCCACCCUUCAGUGCCACAGAACUCGCUCUCCAGCAUCAACGUGAGAUGCUCGCGGCGUAUUACCUCGGUGGUCUCAUGAACAUGCACCGCAUAUAUCUCAUGCAACCGCCCCCGUCGCCAGCCGCCACUGCAGGCAAAGCACAGCGCUCGCCUAACCCCUGCCGUGAGGCGUGCAUCACGCUUGCGCUCGAGCUCGUCCGUGUUCUCGUUGCCUCACCGCUCACUGCCGCCUACCUUGCCGCGCUCAUCCCGUCCAACACCACCGGUCCAUCGGAGAUGAUUCCGCAGCCGUUGCAUCUUUUCCACCGCGCGUACUUCCUCUUCGACGGCGCGGUCUCGCUCGUCGGCGCCCGGGCCCAGACGCCGCCACACCCGCUCGAGGAAUCGUGCCUCGCGCAGCUCAGGCGCGCGCUGCGCAUCCUCCGCGCAUGCGCUGCUUCUGCAGACAAGCAGAACACGUUCGACGGGCUGGGCGAGACCGCGCGGCGGGCGGUCAGCGUACUCGAGGCGCUCUGGCGCGCGGUGGGCGCGCGCGCAGGGGACCCGCACGAGACGAACGACAAUGCUCGACAGCCACCUGCCCCUCCGCCGCAGUCGAGCACAUCAUCCCCUUCGGCCCCUCCGCCAUCUGGCGACCGCUUACAGCACCCCAUGUCGCUCUCCCCGUCUGGCUUUGCAGUAGCAGAGAUGUCCCCGUUCAGCACUCAACCCAUUGAGUCGAACGUGCGUGCCUGUCCGCUUUAUGACUUCUUUUCGCCCUCGUCUUGCCCAGAGCCUAGCACAAGCACGCAAGCAUUUGAUCUUGGGUCCGACGCUGCCGCGGCCGCGACUGUCUCAGCCGAUACUGCCCAGCCCAUUUCCAACGACGCUUCCUUGCCUCUCCCAUGCCCUGAUUUCCUUGCAUUUAUGGCAUUAUUGCAGACUCCUGACGCAUCGUGCAAUCCUUUCGCUUGGUCUUCCUCCACCGCCAUUCAUCAGCAGUGGCGGAGAGACCUCAAUGAACCCCUGGCCAAGUGCAGGCAGCGGUGA